CUGAGCGCGCGGGAAGGAGGCUUAAACAGAGAGGUCUGGCCUGCUUUGUGCGGGAGACUUGAGGCGUGACCUAUCUCAGACUUCCACGACCCCCUUUCUGGGUCCCCGAGGCUAUGGGUCGGAUCUCCGGGCUCGUGCCCUCUCGGUUCCUGACGCUCUUGGCUCAUCUGGUGGUUGUCAUCACUUUAUUCUGGUCCCGGGAAAGCAACAUCCAGGCUUGCCUGCCUCUCAAGUUCACCCCCGAGGAAUAUGAGAAGCAGGACGUCCAAUUGGUGGUAGCUCUCUGUCUCACCUUGGGCUUCUUUGCGGUGGAGCUGGCCGGCUUCCUCUCAGGAGUUUCCAUGUUCAAUAGCACCCAGAGCCUCCUCUCCAUUGCAGCCCACUGCAGCGCAUCUGUGGCCCUAUCUUUCUUCAUAUUCGAGCGAUGGGAAUGUACCACAUACUGGUACAUUUUUGCCUUCUGCAGCCUCAUCCCCGCUCUCACGGAAACAGCUUUAUUCAUCGCUGUCUUUGGGCUGAAAAAGAAACCUUUCUGAUCACGACCUGGACGUAGGAACCAAGGCUGGAAAAGUGAUGAGCUUUCUCUCGGUGGGGGAAGAAGAAAGACAGGCUUCAGUUUUUUUCUCUUCCUACUCUUAUGGCCCGCUCACUGCUUCUAAGCAGAGGAUGGCAGUGUUGGGAUAAGAUCUCUCAAAUCUUGGCUUAUAAUUUUAUUAGAGCCUUGUAAUAAAAUACAUUUUUUAGUAAGAGCUAGUCUGAUACUAUUUUUCAGAAGACAACUGGGUGGGCCAAGGAGCUGGUGUAAAAACUUUUUCCCUAGCCUUCCUGUACGUAAGCUAGUAGGCGAUCCUUCUAUUUGGAUUUUUACGGUACACGAUAGUCGGAAGUAAGUGGGCGGAGAUAUGUAAAUAAGUACAGCACACAGAGCUUCUAGUUUGCCGUGUGCGAGCGGAGCAUUCUGGGAGGAUUUUAUAUCUCCCUUUUGGGCGCCGAAUGGAAAAUAAUUUAUAUAUAGCGACUUGCAAAUAGGUUUUAUUCUACGGUUGCAAAAACCCUGAAUUACUGGGUUUGUGCUAAAACUGUCACAUUUUCACCCUUGCUUUAACCGGAAAUAUCUUUGCCCAAUAAACAAUGGGACCCAGCGGUUUGUAUCGUCAGG